AUGGCCGAUUUUUCUGAAUAUGCUGGUCCCAGCGCCGAAUGGCUGGCUGUGGAGGCAGCGCUGCCUGCGCCGCCCAAAGACCUGUCGAUAGAACAGUUGAAGGCACUACUGAACAAAGGCCGCGAAGAGUCCGCUGCCCAAGAUAUGAUCGACCAGGGACUCAGUUCUGUGGUCCAGAUGCACGACCACACAGUGACGGCUCGCGACGGUACACUUCUUGAAGCACGCACCUACCGUCCGGCCGGCGUGCCUAUCUCUGAACGUCUACCUGUUUACCUCCAUCUUCAUGGCGGCGGUUUUCUCUUCGGUACUCUUGCAUCUGAAGAUGCAACAUGCUCUCGCAUUGUUGACUCGCGCAACAAAAAUGGUACACCCAUCGUGGUCUUCAAUAUAAACUACCGACACACCCCUGAGCAUCGCUACCCUGCUGCUUGGGACGAUGUCGAAGAUGCCUUUGUUUGGCUACAUGAGCACAUCGCUGAAAUCGGUGGGAUAAGUGAACAGGUCGUUGUGGGCGGCAUUUCAGCGGGAGGGUGGCUGACCGCAUCGUUGGCACUAUCGCAGCUGCGUGGCGAGGAUAAGCGCUUAGCAGCUUGCCCGAAGAUUGCGGGACAGGUGCUUAUGAUCCCCUGUCUCGUCCAAUGGGACCACUAUGCACCUCGGCAGGAGAUGCUCAAGAGUCCUGAACUUUCUAGCUAUGUUCAAUGUGCCCAGGCUCCUAUCUUGCCGGUCGACCGCAUGAAGUUGUUUAGUGCGCUACUAGGAAUUUCUGAUGCAAAGGACGCCGCCGAGAACCUCCGAAUGAAUCCCGGAAAUGCAACUGCAGAGGAAGUCAAGAACUUGCCUCCCACCACCUUUGGAAUCGCAGGAAAUGAUCCGUUGAGGGAUGAGGGCCUCUUCUAUGGAAAGCACCUUGCCGAGAAUGGCGUCCCAACCAAGGUACAUGUCUUCCGUGGUGUGCCUCAUGGUUUCAGAAGGUAUGGGGACAAGUUGCCUGGAAGCAAGAAGUGGGAUGAGGUGAUGAGCGAGGGUAUUUCAUGGGCUCUGUCAAAGCCUGCCCCUGUGCCAUUUUUUAUUCACUCUGACUAG